GAUGAACUGGUACUGGCACGCGCACGCAUGCGUCGACACGUACGUCCCUAUGCGUACGCAGGAGGGGGGAGGGGCACGUAAACAGUGAAUUCCAAAAAGGAAGGGAGUGUUUCUUUCAACUGAUAAACCAGUACAUCAAGGUAAAAUCAUGCCCAUUCGCCGAUCAGCUGCAGCCCCACCCAAAGAGGAUGCAACCCCUGCAAAUGCCCCUGAGGGAGAUGCUCCCGCCGAAGGCUCUGCUCCUGUAGGUGAGAAGGAGAAGGAGAAGGAGAAAGAUUCGUCCACUGAACCUGCAACCACGGAGGACAAGAAAGCAGGAGGUGAUGGGGAGGAGGCGAACGCUGAUGGGGAGGAACAGGCUAAAGAUGACGGAGAAACGCCUGAUGGAGAGAAAACUGAAGAAGCAGCAGCUGAACAGGGGAAGAGCAAGAAGAAAAAAGUCAAGGAUGUUGUAGCCAAAAUUGACAAGGAAGGAGAUGACAAAGGGAAAAAGGUGAAAAAGAAGAUUCCUGCUUGGGCGACCAUUUCUGCCAACAAACUGGCUUCAGCCUCUCUUUCCCAGCCUAAAGUUGAAGAAAUCCUCAUAGAAGCAAUUGAGAGUUGCAAAGAGCGGAGUGGUGCCUCUAGUAUUACUAUUAUGAAAUACGUCAUGAAGAAGUAUCCGUCUGUGGAAAUGGACAAAAAGACCAAAAACCUCUACAAGAGGGCUCUGAAGCGAUUGGUUGAGAAGGGCACUGUCAAACAGCUCAAGGGCAAAGGCUUUUCUGGAAGUUUCGCCAUUGGGAAGAAGUCGGCUUCAUCUGCAGGGGCGAAGGAGACAUUAGGAGAGUCUCUGCCUCUGAUCAUCACCCGCCUCUGUGAACCCAAGGAGGCUUCCUACAUCCUAAUCAAGAAGUACCUGGAGCAAUACUUCCCACAACUCAAUGUGGAGAACAGGCCUGACGUGUUGAAGAACUGCCUGCAGAGAUCUGUGGAAAAGGGCUACUUGGAGCAGAUCACUGGCAAGGGGGCCUCUGGAACAUUCCAGUUGAAGAAAGCUGGGAACAAGGUGCUCAUGGGUGGCGGAUUGCUGGAAGAUGCUAUAGUGGCCGCCAUCACAGCUAUGAAUGAGCCCAAGACCUGCAGCAUCACCAUACUGCGCAAAUUCUUGAUGGAGAAACAAGACCAGAAGAAUGUCAGGAUAGUUGUGCCAAACCUGAAGAGAACUUUGCAGAAGUGUAAAAUGAUGGGAUGGAUGGAGCAGAUUUCUGGUCAUGGACUCAGUGGGUCGUACCAGCUAAGCUAUCCAUAUUACCCAAGCCCAGCGGUUCUGUUUCCAGAAAUGAUGGAAAAACUCAAACAGAAGGAGGGACAGAAGCUCAAACGCAAGAGAAGUGAUGAUUCUGAUGAAGAAUCUGAAGCAGACUCGGAGGAAGAAUCUGAAGAGGAAGAAUCGGAAGAGGAUGAGCCUCCUCGAAGAAAGAGGAAUCAGCGUAGAAACCGGCAACCUGCAUCUAAAGCUCGUCAAAAUAAAAGGGCUAAAACAGUCAGCCGAAAACCUCCUGCUUCAAAGAGAUCAGUUGCGCCUGCCAAGAAAGCCCCUCCACCAGCCAAGAAACCCGCCGCUGCGAGCAAAGCAGCGUCUAAAAAGGCACCUGCGCCCGUUAAAGCCACACCAGUCAAGAAAGCUGCCCCAACCAGCAAACCUAAAACACCGAUAGCCAAAAAGAUGACAAGCAGGGGGUCCAAACGGCCGUCGCCCAAGGCAGCUAAGAAGGAGGCAACUGAAUCUGCUGUGAAAGCUAAACCUGCCGCCCGCAAGUCGCUCCGAUCCCGGAAAUGAGUCCCGCGCUUGCCGACAGCUGAAAAGAUCAACUGUAGCUCUGUAGACUGCAGUGAUGGCUAUUUUCUCCUCUUAUUUUUGUAGAAACUUCCAUGUUCUCCUUGUCUUGGGGCCUCUGAUGAAUUUAGGACCUCUUCAAAGUUAUUCUGCCAUUCAAAUACAGGCAUUUUAUGUUCAAUAUUCUUAAAUUACAGGUAAAGAUGUAGAGUAGAAACGCUACUGUUUAUGUUGUUUAAGACGCUAAUUCAGGUCACCAUUAUGAGAUUGUGAAGGAGCUCUUGCUUCAUCUCAGUUGUGCUUCAACAAAAAAAUCAAAUAUUUAAAGUUCUUGUAGUCAAUCUUUCUGUAGAGGCAAGCAUUUCAGUUAUUCAGUCGCCCCUUUCUCAUCAGUGUUCAAGAAACCUCUCUUUGUACGUUUGAUUUCAAUUUUUUUUGUUCAUGUUUUGUGAAGUUAGAUCUUUAGCUACUAUUGUAAUCAAAAAAGAAUUUUGUUGAUGUUGGUUCCUUCGUGUAAGUCAAAGUAAAGAACGAUUAUUGAUGCCUAACUUUCAGUUGAACGAUGCAAAAUUGGAUUUACUGAGAUGCAUUAAAGAACAUUGGCAUCCAUAUCCAUCACUGUCUUUUUGUUCUGUAUAGUCUAUGAAGGAGAAUAUAAAUUGAAAAGAUUUUCCAAGCAGAUGUUUAAAGCAUUAUACACACUAUUAACCCGGUCAUACUCUUGAGUGUUAGUUUAUCAGGGGGGUUAGAUGUAAUUUUAUGAGCAUUGCUUACCUUACCCUGCAUGCAUGUAACUGAUAUACUUUUCUGUAGUCCUUAAUAAAGUGACUAUAUUUGUACUUCA